AUGAAUUCUUCUGACAAUUACUAUUAUAUUAAUAUUUUCAAUGAUGCUCUUGUUAACGCUUAUAAAUAUAUAGUUCCUAUAAUUUAUAUUUUAACUAAUAUUGAAAAUUUAUUAUGUAUAUUGAUAUUUUCAAAAAAAACUUGGAGAAAAAAUGUUUGUGUAUUCUAUUUUCAAAUCUAUUUAUUUUCCAAUACAUGUUAUAUUAAUUCUACUGUACUUGGAACAAUUUUUACAUAUGGUUAUAAUAUUAAUUUACAAAAUUCGAAUAUAAUACUAUGUAAACUAUUCUAUUAUGUCGCAUAUGUUUUUGCUAUACUUUCACCAACUAUACUUAUACUUGCAUCAAUUGAUCGUUUAUUAAUAUCUUCACAAAAUAUUGAUACACGUUUGUAUAGUUCCAAACGUUUGGCCUAUUUUUCAAUUAGUUUAAGUACAUGUUUUUGGAUUAUAUUUAAUUUUCAUAUAUUAAUUAAAGUUGGUAUAUAUGAAUUGUAUCCAUCAGUAUAUUUAUGUUAUUAUGAUCGAUCGAAAUCAUAUCGAGAUUUUGUUUCGUAUUAUUUAGCAAUUGUAAAUAUUUGUUUUUGUCUUAUAAUGAUUAUUUUAUGUAUAUUUUCUUUUAAAAAUAUUCGUCAUAUUAAAAUUGUACGACAUCGACAACGUAAUCAAAUACGAUCAAUGACAAAAAAAGAUUUUCAACUUCUUCGUUGUCUUUUUGCUCAUGGUAUUGCGUAUGUUUUUUUUCGUAUUGGAAUUAAUAUGUAUUUUGGUUAUGAAGCAAUUACUAGGGAUGUAAUACGAACACCAUUUCAUCAAACAAUUGAUAUAUUUCUCAAUAAUUUUCUUUCAUUACUUUUUAAUAUUUCGUAUUCGAUUAGUUUUUUUAUUUAUAUUAUUAUUUCAAAAGCUUUUCGACAUGACUUAAAACGAAUGAUAUAUAAAAUGUUUGGAAGAGAUUUAAUACCAAUACGGGAUGUAGAAUUAAAUGUUGUUAGUUGUACUGUAAUAUCACCAAAUUAA